AUGAUUUGUUCUAUAUUCAGAUUCCCCAAUCUUGCUGGUGACGAGUCUGCUCGAGAUGCGCAGGACACGCUGGCUUCUUUCCAACCGCUCAUUAAUAGUCAAUGCAGCGAACAACUACGAUUCUUCCUCUGUUCCGUCUACUUCCCAAUGUGUAACGAGAAGAUCCCGCAGCCGAUUGGGCCAUGCCGCCCUCUAUGCGAGACCGUGCGCGACAAAUGUCUACCGCUUCUCAAAGAUUUCGGCUUCUCGUGGCCGACACAAAUCGAUUGCAGCAAAUUCAUCCUCGAAAACAACAACGAAGAUAUGUGCAUGCGGGGUCCAAAUGAAGAGGGUGUGAUCGCAAGGACUCCAGAAGAACAAGACAGAGAGGACUGUCCGCCUGAGCACAUCUACGUGAAUCGUAGCGGUCGUUGUAUUCCGAUCUGUGCAGCAGGGCAAGGCAUCAAGCAGGCCGAUCGUGAAUCAGCGUCGACAGCACUUUUCGCGCUUUCUAUCAUCAGCAUUGUACUCACAGCCAUUUGUGUGUUGACAUUUGUGAUGAGGUAUACAAUUCAAAGUGGUACCUUCAGACGUCACUGCCUCACAGCGCUACCGGAAACCAGUCUCCUCUGGACCGCGCUUUCAUUUGCUCUCAGCUCCAUCGUAUACCUCUUCAGCCUUCUGUAUCGCGAACAGAUAUCUUGCACUGACUACUCGUCACAUUUACUAUUCGUGGUGGGUGACCUUCCCCACACACCAUGCGCUUCUGUCUCGGCGCUGCUGUACUACUUCGGUACUGCAGGUCGUUUGUGGUGGCUUGUACUUUGCUGCACAUGGAAUCAGCAAACUACACGUUCAGGAAACCUGGAGAAGUACCGCGUACAGAUUCAAGCUCUCGCUUGGGCAGCACCACUUGGAUUGGUGCUAUUCGCACUCAUGGCCCGGAGCACUGGUGGCGAUCCUCUAAGUGGAGUGUGCGUUAUCGGAGCAGCUAGCAAGGCGUUGGACGGCGUGUUCAAUCUGUUGCGUGACCUAGUCUUUGUGAUUGCCUCAUGUAUCCCAUUACUUGUUGGUUUUCGUGGUAUGCUCACAUCACCGCAGGCCACAAUUGCCGCCGGUCUAGAAGGCGCGCUCUACCCGACGGCUGCGCUGUUCUACAUGCUGUCAUUCGUAAACGACGCUUGGCAGCCAUCAAUGCACUGGACACACAGUUGGAACAUCGUAUCAGCACUAAAGAUCCUUAUCGACCCGAUCCUAGGUGUAUUAGCGGCGUCUGCCUGCCUACUGCACAUCAUCAUCAAUCUCUGCCGUGCAAUCAGGUCUCCUGUUGCUGACAAGCAUGGCUACCAGCCGGCAGUGCCACGAAUCCCUCAGCCAGCAAUUCCUGUUAGCAUUCGUUCUCAUAACACUUACGCGACUACGUCACAACGAAUGCCGAUCUGUUGA